CUCGCGGCGGUUCGCGACGACGUCGCGCAUCAUGCGGCGCAAUACCACGGCGGGUUGCGGGAUUUUCCCGGUCCUAACCUCGAGGCAGCGAUCUAUGGAGGCACUGUGCGCGCGCGGAAUCGCUGGAAUCGUGCUCUCGCUCUACGCUUUUCCAAAAUUUCCGAAGCGUAGGGCGAUGCGUCCCAGUUCCAGACAGAUAUAACGAUAGUCGGCCGAUGAGGGAGGGACACGGGAGGAAGAAGAUUCUGAACGUUGGGGAAAAAAGAUGAAGAUACACUUGCGAUUCUACACCGUAUGUGGCGACCGCGUUGCUGGAGAAUGCGCGUGCGGUUAUGGUGAGGUGCGUUCGGCGUGAGACUCUGAACCUGGCAUGUGAGCGGAAUAGCAGUAUUGCAAUAACGCUGUUGGUAAAAUUAUCGUCGUUCGGCGACGAUAUCGAUUGUCAGCGAGCUAUUUCGAUCGCCUGAAAUAUGAGCGCCGAGGAGAGACUUGUCACCGAGGUGCCUAGCAGCCUGAAGAAACUGGCGCGUCUUGUCGUGCGUGGAUUUUACACGAUAGAGGAUGUUUUAAUUGUGGAUAUGCUGGUCAGGAAUCCAUGCAUGAAGGAAGACGACAUUUGUGAAUUGCUCAAGUUCGAAAAGAAGAUGUUGAGGGCCAGGAUAUCCACGUUGCGCAAUGACAAGUUCAUUCAAGUGAGGUUGAAGAUGGAGACUGGGUCGGACGGCAAGGCGCAGAAAGUCAACUAUUACUUUAUUAAUUAUAAGACGUUUGUAAAUGUGGUGAAGUAUAAGCUAGAUUUAAUGAGGAAGAAAAUGGAAACUGAGGAGAGGGAAGCAACUAGUAGAGCUAGCUUUAAGUGUCCGAGUUGCUUAAAGACAUUCACCGAUCUCGAGGCGGAUCAACUUUUUGACAUGAGAACCGGCGAGUUUAGAUGUACAUAUUGUCGGGAAAUAGUGGAGGAAGAUCAGUCUGCUCUUCCAAAGAAAGAUUCCAGAUUAUUAUUAGCAAAGUUCAACGAACAGAUGGAGCCGCUCUAUAUACUAUUGAGGGAAGUAGAAGGAAUCAAAUUGGCGCCUGAAAUACUGGAGCCGGAACCCAUUGAUAUUAACAUUAUUCGAGGUAUCGACACGAGAAAACCGAGCAGCCUUAGAGCACCCAACGAACAGUGGUCGGGUGAAGCGACUAGAAUGGCAGGCUUCAUGGUGGAGGACACGAGAGUGGACGUUACCAUCGGAAACGAGUCUCCCGAUGACAGUGCGUCGAAUCACAGAAAGGAAAGGCCGAUAUGGAUGAUGGAGAGCACAGUUCUCAAUUCCGACGGUUCACAGCCUGACGGCGUGAAUGCGCAAGAUAGCAUCCUGGAUAAAGCCGCAGCCACUGCCACAAACACGACUACGACGAACAAUAAGCAAGGCGAGGAUAUAAUGUCGGUAUUGCUGGCUCAUGAGAAGAAGGGCGGCACCAAUUCCGCGACGUCCAUCAAAGCAGCGCUUCCACAGGAGUCCAGCGAUAGCAGCGAUAACGAGGAGGACACGGAAAUGCAGGCGGUUGACACCGGCGAGGUAGAGGCGAUGGAUUCCGACGACGAUGAAUUGGUACCGACCGUGAGUGUCGGCGGCAAGACCGUCGCGAUCACCGACGUAAACAACACGUUGAUCGCAGAAAUGACGCCCAUAGAGAGGGAGUCUUACAUCCAGACGUAUCAGGAAUACUACUCGCAUAUAUACGACUAAGACGAAGAACAACGGGAGUCGUCUUCACAAUGCUCUGCAUAAGACUGAUAUUGAUUUGGUAUCGUUGUUCCCUGUAAUAUUUUGUAUAGCCACAAAAUACAUAUAAUUUUUGAUAACUA